GGCCCCGCCCCGUCUUCUGGAAUGCGGUGAGCGCACGGGACUGUACCAAUUCGACAACAGGGGGAGGACGGAAGGGCUGAACCAACUUUCCUUUCCCCCACCCCCGGGGUCACUGGGACAUCUAAACCCUUCGUGAAGGAAAGAUCUAUUUCUGGCCCCUUGUCUGGCUCCUGAAGUUCUCCUUACUGACGACGCGCGCUCACUCAUGUUUCCACCCCCCCACGGCUCCCCUGUGCUGGCGUGGCAGUAGUUCGGCCCGGUGUCUCGCUCUUCCGGAAGUGCCGAGGCCGUUCAACUGCUUUGCUCCGCUGCCGUCGCUGCUCCCUCGGCUUCUCCCGUAACCGAUUCUCAUCCAUCGCCGCUCAGGUGAGAAAGGGUGGAAACGUUCUGCUUGGUGGACGAGCGCAUUCGGGAGAUGGGGGGGUGGAGGUUCAGGAAUCCCCGCGCCGUCUGCGUCCCCCUCUUUGGGCUGCGUCGUGGUGCCUCCGCGCCCCAGUUCCCUGCCUCAGAGAGCAGCAGGAGGCCCGCUGGGCCUGGGCGCCGCUCGCUCGCCCGCCCGCCCGCCCGCCCGCCCUCGGAGGGCCCCCGCUUUCCCCUCAGGAGCGCGCCGGGGUGGGGCGCAGCUGUCAUGGCGGUGGCUGCUGGGCAGUUGGAAGUCUCCCUUCUCCUGUUUGCCGCCUUCAACAGCUUAUGGGCGGGGAUGCCUGUGUUAUCCCCCCAUUAUGUGAGGGGUCGGUCCGAAAUUUCAAAAUCACACGGCUUUGGUGUUUUAAACAGCCUCUGGGCAGGGAAUGUCGACUUCCCCGAUUCCCACGCUGUUGCGCCCAGGAAGGCUGCCGUGCAUGAACCUGAUGGAAGCGGCCUGUCAAGAAAUGGCUGCACCCAUCCCGACGGGGCCGUCCAGGCCUAAUGGGCGUCUGGGACGGUGUUGACUCUCGCCAGUUGGCUGCUGGGAGCCAGCGAAAACGCCGCUCGAAUCUGCCGGCCGCCUGAGCCUCCCUUUCGGGCGCUGCUCCCCCCCCCGCUCUUGCCCCCGUUGCCAAACAAGCUCGCUGCGGUGGACAGGGGAGGUUCCCUCCCAUCUUAUCGCGCACGCAUCCUGUCCGCUUCCUCCCCCCUCGGAGAUCGGAUGCCGCCUUUGGCAGUUUCGUAACAUACAACGGAGAGUUUUGUGGUAUAUUUGAAAAAUAUUACUCUCGCUGGCGCAAUGUCGGAACCAAGACUGUAGAGAUGCUGGUGCAGAUCCCCAUUCAGCCGUGAGGUUCACUGGGUGAUGCUGUAUUAGGAUCGCGACUAGCCUUUCUCACAGGGUUCUUGGGCAGGUAAAAUGGGGAAGAAAGGCAGGCUGUAAAUGCAGCCAAACAAACCUGCCUCAAGACUUGGGUUUUCUUCCCAACCAGGCUAGUGCUACUCUAGAACUUAUUAUUUUGUUAGGCAGUAUUUGAUAGUUUUUUUGGUCACUUGGAAGAUGAACCGUUCAGUGUACUGUAUAGAAUCACAGAGUUGUUGAGUUGGAAGGGACCACAAGGGUCAUCUAGUCUAACCCCCAUGCAAUGCAGGAAUCUUUUGCCGCAUGUGGGCCUCCAACCUACAGCCCUGAUAGUAAGAGUCUCAUGUUCUACGGACAGAGCCAUCAUCCUGACAACAGCUUCUUUAGUUUAGGAUCAAAGUGCACAUGACAGCUUGCUUUGUUUCAGAGGCCAAGAACUAAAUGUAGUCUCUUUGCAAGUGAAUCACUAUAGUAAAAUUCACUAUAGAGCUUGUUUUUCCCUUGAUCACUUUAAGUGUGUAAAGCCUCCCUCACUGUGGACCUACACAUGUAAUAGUUUGAUGAAAACUUAGCUCAGAGCAAUUUUGGAAGUGGUUACAUAUUCAGAACAUAAACUAGGGACAGCUUUGUGUGGAACAUAAAAUUGGGACAAGAAAAAGUUGGUUAUUUCAGAGUGAUGGUGCUUCUAUAAAUAUCGGGUGCUCGAAACUUGCGGAUACAUAGGAAUUUGAAAUAUUUUUCCAGCCCUCAUGCAGCAUUCUGCCUAGUGCAUUCCAAAGGAAGCCAUGUUAAAGGAGGAGUUUCACUGUAAUAAGGUUCCAGCACACUAUUCAUUACUAUGCAAGCCCCAUCAAACUAAACCAGAAGUAAAAACUCAGGUGAUUAAAUAGCAAGGUUAAAAGUCAUAUAUAAAUAUGAACUAAAGCAUUUACUGAGAUAAGUAGUAUGAAACUAAUGCAGUUAUGUUUCUGCAGCACUACACAGCAAUUCUUUCCUCCCAACCCCAGGAAUUACACCUUGAAAUUGUUAAGAACUUCUUAGACAAGAUAACCUUGCUGCACAGCCAUCUUUUAAAAUUUACAAAGCAAAAUAGAACUUGCACUAAAAACUACAACUCAGCCGCUCUGAGCCCGGCCUUGGCUGGGGAGGGCGGGGUAUAAAUAAAAAUUAUUAUUAUUAUUAUUAUUAAUUAUUAAAUAAAGUCAAUAUGAAGUCAUUCAUCCUCUUCUCUUCCCCCACUCCCCAACUUUCUCUAGCUGGUCACCCAGAAGUGAGUUUUAAUACAUUGCAAACAUGCAGUUGUUUACAACUUUCAAUUAAAGGUAAAGAUAGAUAGCAGGUUUAAAUAGAUGAAGAAACUGAGAUUUCCAAAAGGCAGUUGGGUAUCACUUUCAAUUGAUAUUUGGUAGGAAAAAUUCUAAUCUCUGUUCUUCUGCCACUUUUUGCUUUGAGUUUUCUGUGAUAGUUCUCAUAAAUUAUAUAAUCCACAGGAAAUUUCUUUGUAAAUUAGUGGCUGAAAUUAAACUAGUAUAUCAAGCCUUGCAGUGCAUGCUUAACUACAGUUACCAUAAAUUAUUCAGCUUGCUAUGAUCAAAACAAUACCAUCAAAGCAGAGGUGGCAAAGGUAAGCAUUCCAGAUGUUAUCAGAUGCCCAACUCCUAUUUGUCCCAGCAAGCACUGCCAAUUGUCAGGUGUGGUAGUAGCUAUAGUCCAACUUCCGGAUGGCCAGAGGUUUACUAUUUCUGAUCCAAAGAGACAUAAAAGGGCAUAAAGCUUGGGCUUUUGAUUGAGCCUACUGAUCAUAAAAUUAAAAUUACUUUUUGUCACUAUUGUUGGUACAAUCGUUUUGAUUCUCUUGGGAAAACCUAUUACUUUUUGUAGUAUCAACUUGUGUGCUUGGUAGUAUAUGAUAGUUUUUAAAAACAUUAAAUUGCUUGCUAUUUAACUUUUUUCUAUGUGUUUAUAUAUGAUGGGCAAUGUCAAAAAAUACAGUUUGAACCAAUUCCCAGUACAUAUGAGCUUUUCAGAUGAAAACCUUGUAUGUAUGUAUUUGAAAAUAUUACCCUUCUCUGAUGUGCAUGUCCAGUGUUUGAAACUCCCAUUGUUCUAAGUGCAUUUUGCAACAGGGAAUUUCAUUAGCGCAAGCAGUUUCUGAGCUCUGGGUGCAGUACUGUGCCUAAGAUUUCAGAUUACAGUACAGUGCACACACUACAGUGGAAGGAAAGGACCCUUUUCUGCCUCCCCACUUCCAGCUACUCACUGAAGACUGGGGGUGGGCAGGGGAAGGACCAUGUGAAAAAUGAACAUAAUAUUUUAGCUGCAGUUCAUUCAUUUUCAGCUUUGUAUUCUUGUUAUAAAAAGCGCACCUGGACAUUCUGUUGUUGCACCCAUAAUCUAGGUUUAAGAUGCCAUUUAGCUCUUAGCUUGCAUAUCGUAGUUUCUAACACUGUACAUGUCUACUAUAGGCAAGAAUCAUAUGUAGCCGCUUGCUCUAUAUGCAUCACCAGCUGAUUGAUAAAGUUUGGUAUUAUUAUUUCAACUAGUUGGAAUAAUAAUGCCAUGGAUAAAUAGGAGUGCUGUUUACAUAGGCUGUGCUGACAAGAGUCUAUAUGUGGUGGGCAUAAUCACAGUGUUACAUGCCUUUCCUACAUGUAAGUUAUAUCCAUUCUGAUAAGAUGGUCCUCAAGUAGUCCACAUGUUUAAAUCUAAAAUCAUUGGCUUAUGUAUAUGGCAGAUUAGCUGUUUAUAAUCUGAAUUAAAAUGGAAGGCCCUUGAAUGGAAGUCAUUAUUCGUUGUGCUUGUUAAGCUAUUAUGGUUGUGAAAGGGCAGUAAAUGUUUAUUGGGUGACUUGUACUUGAGUUUAUUUUUAGUCCAACAGUAAUUUGUGUUCUGGUGUGUCAGAGGACUGUUGGAGAUGGAACACAAGUUUAAAAUUGUGAAGUUAAUCAGUAGAUGAAAUCAGUGUUGCUAUUUGUAGAUCUCCCUUUAGCAUAUAACUCGCGUACAACAACAUCUCUUGCUAUCUGGAACCUUCAUAAACUAUUGGGCUGCAGUCUUAUUUUGAGAAAUGGUAAGACUUUUCUCUAGAAAAAAAAUGAAUGGCUUGGUACUUUGUUAGGAGAUUUGUUUAUAAAGCUAAGUAUCUGAACUAUACUGAAUAAUUGUGUAUUAUUGCUAGAAUUUGGUUUUUGAAAUGUUAUGAUGGGAUUUAGACAUUGUAAAAAUGAUUUCAUCUUCAUGUAAAGAUUCACAAAGCUUCUUGGAGCCAAGUACUGGGAGCAAAUGGUAAAAUCGAUUUCAGGAUGUUAUAAAACUUACGUUGACUGACUUGUUUUGUCUGAUCUUCAGUUAGUGAAAGAAUGUUUGUAUCAUGGGAUAAAUUAAGUUUAAAAACAUAGAAGAAACAAAUGUGCUCUAAUUAUAAUUUUCAAAUCCUUAAUGCUAUAAAUGCAAACUUAAUUUGAAAGAGAACUCAUAUACACCCAGCUAGCACAGAUCAACUAAGUUGCAAAAAGUAGUGUGUAUAUUAUAGAGGGGAUAAUUACUGUUAAUGAUUUACAGUACUUAAUUUCCAAUAUAAUUGUGUCCAAAAAUGCAGCCAAAAAAAUCAUUGUGCAACAGAUCCACCCUGUGCUUCUAAGAAAUCCUCCAGUAUGUUAGGCAUCAAUCUCAAUAUAUUUCACUCACACACAAAUAACUUUUUUGACUGUUUAUUUGAUGUCAUUCUGUAUCUGCACACACAUUUCUGUCUACAAACAUUGAGUUGUAUCCAGUUGUUUCCCUCUAUUGACAGAAGUGGAGACUUCUAUUAAAAGAAAUGCAAGUGAGAGGGGAAGGUGAUUUUUGUUGAUUCCCUCUUCUGCUCUCUGUGCCCACCAAUUUGUUACAGAGGUUUGGAUCCUUUGGAAUGGCUGUAGGAGAAAGGGAUUUGUGAAAAUCACCUCCUUUCCUCUUGCAGAAGCCUCCACUGGAUGAAAGAGUUUUCACCAGCAGAGGAACACAGUUGGAUUCAGCCCUAUAGGCAAGCAGGGGAUACCUGUGCCAGGGCUUCUUAACAUUGUGGGCUUAUGUCUGACCACCAGAUACCUUGAUUCCACUUUCUAUUGCCUCACAACAGCUAUGGCCCACUUAUAAAUAAUAGAGGACACCCACCACAAACCCCUAAAUUAGUACAUAAUCCUGAUAUAUAGCAAAAGGGUUUUCCGCUUUCCUUUUUUAGGGCGCCUUAACACUUAACUUAUUGCUUAAACUGGUGAUUUAACAUGAUCUUUUUAAAGCAAAGAGAUCAAUAUAUCUGUCAGUGGCCUGUACAAAACCAGAAUAGUUUUUGGAUUGCUUAAGAAUUUGUUGGCACGCCAGGGAUAUAAAUUCCAUUUUAAAAUCUGCUGUUGAAACUAUGAGUUAAUAAGGCUUUCUCACUAAGGAUCACAAUAAAGGCAAGGGGAAUUUUUAGGGUAAAGUUUAUCAGGGCAUAUUUAGGGAAGGUUGGCUUAACAUGUCUGAAGGAAGAACUGUAUAGUGACUGACAUGUGGUGAAAUAGCAGAUGCUAAGCUCUCCCAAGCAUAGGAAGCAUGACUGACACUAACAGAAGCAAGGAUAUGUCUCUCUUCAGCCCAGGCUGCUGCUCUUAACUCAAUAACAUGGAUUAAAUAUGAUUCUGUAGGAGCACUGAUACUCAAUCUCAACCACCUGCUGUGGCUGAAAAACCUAGUAUUGCGAGCACCAAAUGUUCAAGUAAUGAGUGUACUCCCCUACAUAAUGACUUAUAAUUUAUUUUGUGCAUUGGUAGCCCCCACUCCUGCCUUUUUUCAAGGAACUCAGAGUUGGGGUUAGACACUAUCAAACUUCCACAGGGUAGCUGUGAUGAAAGAAUGCAUUUUGAUGCAAACUGCCCAAGUUGGAUUGAGCAGGAUAUGAACCUGGUUUCUCCAAUAUCUAAACCCAACGUAAAUUGGGGGGGGGGGACCUGUGGCUCUCCAGGUGUUGCUGAAUUCCCAUCAUCCCUAGCCAGUACGGCCAGUUGUCAGAGAUGAUGAAAGUUGGAGCACAACGACAAAUGGUAGACUAGGUGCCUGCCCCCUAUACUAACAGUCGGGAUUUAUAUUUUACUAAGGUGCAGUAGUGUACACAUUACACAUUUUAGCUAGUUUCUUGAAAAUUAAAACUAAUUGCACUUAUGAGGCUUUGAAUUUGGCAAAAUUGCCCUUGCAGACCAUAUGUCCCAUAUAUCACGUUUUGUUUUUAUAGGUUUCUGUAACUACCUCUUUUCUCUUUCUGUCUUAUAGAAUCCAACCGCCAUCAUGUCAAGCAAAAGGGCAAAGACCAAGACCACAAAGAAGCGCCCUCAGCGUGCCACUUCCAAUGUGUUUGCUAUGUUUGAUCAGUCACAGAUUCAAGAAUUCAAAGAGGCAUUCAACAUGAUUGAUCAAAACAGAGAUGGUUUCAUUGACAAAGAAGACCUGCAUGAUAUGCUUGCUUCACUUGGUAAUUAUUUUUCUCCUUUCUUUCAGUUAAGUUGUUUCUCUGUUGAGGGGGAAAUUCACUUUGUUUCCCAGAUAUUGCGCUAGGAUUUUUUUUAUCUUAACAUUUGAGACCUGUGUUAUGAGUUAACAUUAAUUCUGUAAAUGAUAGUAUAUAGAUAAUCUUUAAAAUAUGAAUAUUUGAUUUGCAGGGAAGAAUCCAACUGAUGAAUACCUAGAUGCUAUGAUGAAUGAGGCUCCAGGACCAAUAAACUUCACAAUGUUUCUCACAAUGUUUGGAGAGAAAUUAAAUGGCACUGAUCCAGAAGAUGUAAUCAGGAAUGCCUUUGCUUGCUUUGAUGAAGAAGCAACAGGUGAGAACUUAAAAACCCCAAGAUAACUUCUUUGCUUUUGAUCUUCACUGUGAACAUGUAUUUAUGAUGAAAAUAUAAAAUGUACUUGAGAGAAAUGACACACUUGCAACGUGUAUUAGUUAAACAUAGAUUUUGACAAAUGCGUGGAAGGUAAGGAUGCCAAUGGCUACUGGUCAUGUUGGCUAUGUAGUACAGGAAUGGGCAGACUUCAGGCUUUUGAGUUCUACUGUGUUUCUUUACUAACACCUUAAGGUCCACCAGUUAGAUGCAUUAUGUUUGCUUGGGAGUGCAGCCAGUCACUUACAGCAUCUAAUGAGCAUACACUGGGAUUGCCUACACAUACAGGUACAACUGAGUUACUACAGAACAGGGGUUCUAACACCCUGAUUUAGAAAGGGAAAAAGCUGGUUUGUGACUAGAAACCCAUGUUGAUCUACUGCAAAUAAUCCAGAGAUCUAGCAGCAGAUCCUGAUCCACUUUUCCCCCACCCCUCUAGUAUCAGAGUCAGUAUGCUUCUGAAUACCAGUUGCUGGAAAUCAGAGGUAGGUUAGGGCUAUUGCACUCAAUUCCUACAUCUGGGCUUCUCAUAUGUGUUUGCUUAGUCACUGUGAGAACAGAAUACUGGACUAGAUGGGUCUUUGAUCUGAUCUGGCAAAGCUUUUUUUAUUUUCAGUAGUAGAAAGCCUCCCAAGCAGCAAACCAGAAUGGACAAGUUGAUAGCUACAAACCAGGCCUGUGAAUGAUGUUGUCUUUGGAACAACUAAGAAGCAAAAGACUUCUGAGCCUAAAUAAAUAUUUGCAAAGGGGCACUUUAAAAGUCCUUGGUGCUGCAUAUACCUCACAGGAUUAAUAUUAUUUGUUCUUUAUAUACGUCUCAAAAGCUUUAUGAUGAACUAAUACAGUCUGAAAUACCUUAUUUCAAGAGCUUUCAUCUUAACAUUAUUGAAAUGCUUUUCAAUCAUUGGGGUGGGCAGUCCUGGUGGGGAACUGAGGUACAUUACAGAAUAUAACUACAAGGUGAAAGGUCCGAUCUCAAAUCAGUGGCAGCUCAUGUCCCAUAAUAUCCUUUUACAGCUGCUUUCAUUUGUUCAGAUGCAUUAUUGCAUCCUCAAUGCUACAUAAUAUAGAAUUGGUGGCUAUUAUAAAUUUUGUUAAUAUUACUGUGGUGCCUCGGGUUACAGGCGCUUCAGGUUACAGACUCCGCUAACCCAGAAAUAUUACCUCGGGUUAAGAACUUUGCUUCAUGAUGAGAACAGAAAUCGCGCAGCAGCAGCGGGAGGCCCCAUUAGCUAAAGUGGUGCUUCAGGUUAAGAACAGUUUCAGGUUAAGAACGGACCUCCAGAACAAAUUAAGUUCUUAACCCGAGGUACCACUGUAUUGUUGUUAUUAUUAAACCAAGAAUGGAACAGAAUUCAAAAUCAAUACAACAGUGCUAAGCAGCUAAUAACUAUCGUAAGUGGGUACAUGAGAAGCAGAAACGUAGCUGGUGACCCCAACACACAUUACUAAUGCUGGUAAAAUGCUAUUUUUUCACAUGGUUCCUCUACCUGAAGUCAGAGGGCAGGGCUCUCCUGGUCAUAGAAAUAUUUUUGGAUUAGGAUUGGCUGAGCAGUGCAGAGAGCUGAUUUGCCAGGCUUGCACAAAUGUUUCUGGAGUCUCUCCUAGCUGAAGUGGAAGGCUAUGAUUGUGUGUGGGACAAAAAAGUGUGGUUUUGACAUUUGGGAUGGAGGAAAACUACUUAAAUUUUUACUUUGCCCCAGUAUACUUAGUGUAUGAGCCUCUACUCUCUAACCCCAAGGUUGCAAGGAUAUCUGAUAAUCUUGGUGUCAGAAAGGCUAUCACUGACACAACCCUAGCAUGUGAGUCCUUCUCUCUGCUUGCAUUUAUACAAACAGAUUUUGAAAACAGUCAGUGAAUUUAAAGCAGAAAAUGUAUUUAAAUCCUUUCUUCUUAGCCCUAAUGUUUGCUAUGGAGCUUUAAAUGCUAGGCUAUUACUAUAUUAGUUAAAUAUGGAUAGCUAUAGUGUUUUCAGGUAGCCAUUCCCUUGUUUUUUGAAUAAUUUAAUUGUAUGGCCUAACUAUUACUAUAUCAGUGGAAUGUUUCUUUUGAUAAAGCUUGCCAAUUUUGUGUAUGUAAUGUCUCCUGAUAAUCUAUAUUUCUAGGUUUCAUUCAAGAAGACUACCUGAGAGAAUUGCUGACGACAAUGGGAGACAGGUUUACAGAUGAAGAAGUAGAUGAGCUCUUCAGAGAGGCACCAAUUGACAAAAAGGGCAAUUUCAACUACAUUGAGUUCACACGCAUCCUUAAACAUGGAGCAAAAGACAAAGAUGACUAAAACAGAACUCUUGCCUCUGCCAUUUUCUUUAGAUCUCACCUGCAGUUAUCUUUGAGGGGUUUUUUCCUGGUAGAACCUGUUGCAUGCAUUUAGCUUUACAGCUUUUGCCUUUCUUGAUGUAUUUAUCUAUACCAGGCAUUCUGGCACAUCUUGCACCUGUAUAAUCAGGUUGGCAAUGGGGAUUGUAGUUGUGGUGAGAGAGUUGGAGGAUAAGAUCAAUGACUCUGAAGGCCCAGGAAAAACGUCUCAAUGUUUCUGGUUUAGCUGGAUUUUUACAUUUUGUAAUAAUGCCAUUUUGAAAUAAGAUUGCUAUAUCAAUAAAAUACCUCAAAUGCUGCAUUGUGAAGUGAAUUUUUAUUAAGUGUUUAGAGUCCAGAGUUUAUACAUUCCCCCCAAAAAACAAGAUGGGAAGCAGUAUGCUGGAGCUUAUCGUGAUGUAAAGAACUGUUUCUUUCAUUUAAGACUGAACUGCAGCAUUGUGAAUCACAAAUGUGGUGAUCUAAACUUUUUGCAGGGCAAGGAUUAGUUACUGGCAACUUUUCAGAUUCUGCUUUCUGGCCUCCACAGUCCUAUAGAGCAGAUACUCACAAACAUUUAGAUUUUGGUGUUUAUAAAUAAACUUGGUGUUUAUAAAUUUAGAAGGAGCUUCCCUUAUUUAAUCUGAUCUAGCAGGCAGCAGUUGUGUUAUUUUUCCUGUUUCCUAAAAUAAUUCAUAGAAUUGUGUCAAAAUGAUACAGGUUUUUUUAAUGGACUGCAAAUACUUUCUUUGCCAAUCUAUAAGCAAUUACUGUGCAUUGGAGAGUAAGUUGGAGAAUGUUGAGAUCUCUCUUUUUUGUCUGAUCUACCCACUUGCAGCAUGGAAAGGACGUUACAGGCACAUGCCACAUCCAACUGUUAGAACAAUUUUCCAUGUGCAGUUAUGAGAAAUAGUCCAAUGGGAAGACAAAUGAGCAGCUCAAAAUUGCUGUGAGAAACACAUGAGAGACCACAACCAUCUGGGAAACCAAACACAAAAAGUUUCUAAGAUGGGUGUCUGACGUCUACAAGUUGUGUGCUUGCUGUGGGAAACGCCUAGUGAAGGCUUGAAACCAUCAAUAAUGUAGUCAAAUCCUGCCAAUAUUCCAAAUUGAGGCACUUUUCUGCCAUAGUUGAAACUGCAGAAAACUACAUUUUUUUCAUUAGCUAAACCUUAAAGAAAGCAGAACAAACGUUUGUAAAAUUAAACUAUACUCCAGAUCAAGUUGAUUCCUUUAGCUUCCCAUUGUUUUAAUGUUCAAGUCCUACCAUCAUAUGCUUAUUCUGUGAGAUGUAUCUGCGUUUGGAUUUGUUAUCUUAAUCUGAAAUUAUCUGUAAUUUUCUUGAGCCUCAACUUCCCCAUCGUAAUGCCAGACUUGUGUAUAUUCUACAGAGUCUUGUUCUGUUGAAGCUGGCAUUUUGCAAUGAUUUGUGUUUUUAAAAAUUCUCUUCUGUCUAGAUAGCUAAUCUUUUCCUCCUUUAAACAAAGUACCCUGCCUCAGACCACCCAGCCAGCUUUCCCUUCCUAAGAGUGUGUGUGCAGCUGUCAAGGGCAUGGUUACUACAGUGCAUCAUAUUGGAAUGUCUGAAAGAUCUCUACAGCAGGAGAUUCUUGAAAGGCUGCUUGCCAAGUAUGCAAUAAAUGCUUAUUAUUUAAACCCUGUUGAGGGGUUCAUUGCUGUUUUGAUAAAAUGACCAAAUCCUUUUAUUUCAAAAGCAGCAACAGUUUAUGGAUUGAGGAUACUGGCUUUUAAAACUUCUAACAGUAGAGUAUAAAGGUAAAGGGACUCCUGACCGUUAGGUCCAGUCGUGACCGACUCGGGUUGCGGCGCUCAUCUCGCUUUAUUGGCCGAGGGAGCCAGCGUACAGCUUCGGGGUCAUGUGGCCAGCAUAACUAAGCCGCUUCUGGCGAACCAGAGCAGCGCACGGAAACGCCGUUUACCUUCCCACUGGAGCGGUACCUAUUUAUCUACUUGCACUUUGAUGUGCUUUCGAACUGCUAGGUUGGCAGGAGCAGGGACCGAGCAACGGGAGCUCACCCCGUCGCGGGGAUUCGAACCACUGACCUUCUGAUCAGCAAGUCCUAGGCUCUGUGGUUUAACCCACAGCGCCACCCGCGUCCCUAAGUAGGAAUACAUAUGUGUUUAUUAACUAUGUAGCUGUAAACUAUUGGAGACAACCUUUUAUAUUUCAUGUUUUCCUUGCAGUUAGAAAGCUUUCAACACCCGUGUACAUCUUCCCUGGAAAGCAUCUCUGCUAUACUUAUAAAGUAUUUUAAUUAAUUGCAGGUGCUCCUUUGCUUGAGGUCAUCAAAUACAUAUUUGCCCUUUCAAUUAAGGAGAUUAAAUUUCGCAGUUAUUAUUGAGCCCCUGAACCAUGUUUUUACUGUUUGACAUUUUAACGGACUUUUUAAAAAUGCCGUUUUUGUCCCUUUUUAAAUUUUUAUUUUGCAAUAAAGUAGAUGAGACAAGGAAAAUAGAGCACAGGGGAGCUUAGCAAGUGUCCAGGUCCCCCUUCUGAUCCUACAGUUUGUGAAACAUGAGAAAAUCAUGCUUCGAGUAGAGCCACUGAAAUCAAUACACCUAAAUUAGUCAUGACCAAUUUGAAGUCCACUGAUUUCAAUGGGACCUACUAUGAGCUUGAUUUAGCUGGAUACCGCCCACAGACUAGUGUGCGUCAGUUGGCAUGGGAUGCAGCAUGCCUUGUUGGCAACAAGGAGGGCCUUGGGCUUCUAUACGAUGGUCUGGUGCAUUGCUUUGCAGCCUGCCGUCCAUGGAACAAGGCUGUGGCCCAAAGAUUGUUUUAAAAUGUUGCUUGCAUGUAGCCUCUGUUACUAUCUUGGCUGCAAACUCUCUUCCUAUAGGAAUAAUGUCACUGCUAGAAUGUUAGACUAAGAAUGGGGAUAUUUGUGAGUUCAAAUCCUCAUUCAACAAUAAAGCUCACUGGUUGACUUGGGACCAGUCACUUUCUCUUCUUUGCCC